AUGUCGAUCCUGACGCUUCCAAAUGAACUGCUUCGACUUAUCGUGGAACAUUUAGAGACGGAAAAAGAUAUAUUUGCACUACUUCAAGUGAAUCGUCGUUUGUAUGAGAUUUCGAUGCCGCUCCUUUAUCAACACAAUGUCCAAUAUUUAGCAGGCUCUGCUUUACAUCGAUGCGCAGCUUCUGGGCAGAAAAUUGGUGCACAGCGCCUGCUUGAAUUUCAAGCGGACCCAAAUACGAUCGAUGAGCAUGGAAUCCAGCCUCUUGCCCUGGCUAUUGACGAGGGCCAUCGAAAUAUAAUUGGCCUACUUCUUGAAAAUGGAGCGAGCCUACAGAUGGAGGAUUUUCUCCCUAUUCAUCACGCCGUUUCUCUGGGCAAUUAUGCCGUGGUCCAAAUGUUACUUGAGCACGGUGGCGAUAUCAACGCCAUAGACCAAUUCGGAUGCACGGCUCUGUAUCAGGCUGUGGAAUCUGGUCUCCUGGAUAUAGCUGAGCUAUUACUCGAUCACGGAGCAGAUGUUAACAUGACUGGUCUUGAUACCAAAGAGGCUCGACCGUCUCGUAUCAGUCCAUUACAUGCAGCUUCGGAUAUUGACAACGAGAAUAUGUUAAUCUUUGACCUACUUUUCAAAUACGGGGCAGAUCCGAACCCAAUCGACGACGAGGGCAAAACACCCUUACAUUGGACAGUAACCGGGGACUCUGUUGCCAAGGCUAGAGUGCUUCUUGAAAAUGGCGCGGAUGUGAACGCGAGAGCGCUCAAUGGAGAGACACCAUUAGAGAUUGCAAUUUCAAAGGGGAACAAUACUUUGAAGCAGCUACUUCUUAGCCAUAGGGCGGAUAUGAGAGAUCCGAAUAAAGAGUAA